AUGUUUGCUGGAACCUCCAAUAAUAAAACUAAGAGACGAUCAUUCUUUCUUUUUGGAAGUGAGACCAAAAACGGUACUCUCCCUAGCAAGGCAAAGGAAGCAAGUUUAAAGUCUUCGAACAUAUAUAGUAAUAACAAACGAUCAUCUAAUAAGAGCCAUGGCUCCUCUUUUCCACAAUCAUUAUCUAAACCAUACCUAAAAAAUACAGAAACUGUGAUCGGUUACACUCCACCAAGAAAUGAUGACACUCAAUUCAUGGAUUCAAAUCAAUCUAUCACCACUACUGCCAAUAGUUCAAAAAUUGGGUUACAAACAGUUCAAAGAAAUAAAAUCAGACGCCCUCCCCCACCUGUCUUUGAUAGAGAGAAAAUACUACAAUCUUUUCCACAAAAAUUAAGUACCUCAAAUAUUGUUAAAUCUGACCUCUUAAAUUAUACCUCUAAAAAUAAUAACAACAACAUGAACAAUAUUAAUGACCUAACGGAAAAUUAUUCACUUUAUUCAACCCCAUUGAACAUGUCUAAAGACCUAUCCACUAAUUCUAGUGUUGCUAAAAAUGGUCCAGUAGAUAUCUAUGAAAAAACUAAGUCCUUUGGUAUAAGGUUAGAAUCAGAUGACAUAACCUUUGAAGAUAGAUCGACUAUGUCAAAUAUUGACUUAAAACAGCAUAGAAGACAAAAAUCUAAAGCAGAAGAACUUGUUGAUGAUAUUGAUACAUAUAUUAAAGAAUAUCAAAAAGAAACCAGCAAUAUAGACAAUUUCCAAUGUAAUGAAAAUUUACAUAAUUAUAAUAAAGAUUUACCAAAUAAAUUGGAUAUUGAACCAAUAACGACUACUUUUGACCAUUUAAAUAUAUCUGAACCUUCUAACUUAGAAACAUCUAUAUUAAGUGUUAGUUCAUUGAAUAUUGCAAAUGAUCCGAAUACUACAAUUACAUCCUUGAAAAAUCCAUUAAUAAUUAAAAAUGCAAAUACAAAUGAUCCAAAUUCUUUUGAGGAUACAGAUAAUUCUAAUAGCGAUUUUUCUUUCAGUAAUUCUUUUUCAGAAAGGAAAGUUAUACAAAAUGAUUUUGAUUAUCAAGAAAAUAACAAUAUAAAUUCUGUUCCACAGAAGGGUUCUUACAAUCCAUUCUUUAAUGUAACUGAUCCAUCUGUCUCUACAAUUCAUAAAUCACAAAACAGCAUAUCUAGUGAUAUUGAAUUAGAUCAUGAUAUAGACGGUUCCUUGUCUUAUAUAAAGGCAGAUUCUUCGGAUAAUCCUACUAAUAUUCGACAGCUACAAAAUGAUGAUUAUAAUAUAGUUUCUUCAAACAAUAUGGCUUUUCAAAGUGAAAAACCACACGGUAAACUGAGAGUAGCAAAUGAAGAUCACCCAACAUUUUUCAUUAAGGAUGAUACAUCAAUAACAGACGCUGAUACAAAUACAAUGCAGUCGACAGAUACAGAAAGUGAAGACGGUCAAAACUUUACAAGUGCAGAUUUUGAGAAUGAUAUGAACAAUAGUGCUAAUGAAAAUAAUGGCAUAACAAAGCAGAUAGAUAUUUCUAACACUUCAUCAGUUGAACUAGGUUCAUAUCAAUUUAACUCUAGUGAUGUUGCUAAUCCAACUUUGAACUAUGAACCAAAUACCAAAUCUGAAAUAUCAACUAUAAACAGCGGUGCUAAAAGUGUUAAUGGUGUGCAAUCGAUUUCAGGACAUUCAUUGAGAUCGACUGAGCGUACUUCUAAAUUAAUAUCAAGUUAUGUAGAAGAGUUAAGACUAAAAUAUUUUCAAACAUCAAAUUUCUUAGAAGCUCCUCCUAACCUUCCUUUAGCCUUAAAACAAAAGAAUAAUUUAAUCCAGCCAAAGAAUAUUAAAGUUAAAAUUAGAACUAAUACAAAACAAGUUGGUAUUAAACAUGGUAAAGUUAAACAAAAAUUGCUGUCCCUAGAAACAACAAUGGAUGAGAAUAAGAAUAUUGGCAAUAACAGACAAAGGACUAGUACGUUUGUAGAUCACACAAAAGAGUUUCACAAAUUCUUCAAUAAAGAAAAUGGACAAUUAGAAAAUCAUGACAACAGAGACCAAUUAUUUGAUUCAGAUUCUGACUAUCUAAAUGACAUUCCAGGUGAUGAAGCUUACAAUAGUGAUGAUAUUUUGGCUCCAUUAAGAGAGAAAAAGGAUGUUGAAAAUUCUGUGUCAAGAAGUGGUACUGUCAUAAGUUAUUAUACUCGAUCAAAGAACCGUAUUUUGAAACAUACAGGAGAUAUGCCUGAUCUUCCAAGCAAUAUUUAUACGAAUACCAGUCAGUUAGAGGUUUCGAACUCAAAAUCUUCAUCGUUUAAUCAUGGAAGAGCAAGAUCUGGAUCUAUCGCUAGUGUGAGUACGCAAGUUCUUGCGAAUAAAAUUUCGGGAACUAUGGGAUUGCAUGUCACUAAUCCAGAUUCUGAGUCUGAUAAGUGA